UGGUCACAAACCAGGACAGUCAACAUCAAUCCACAUGCCCACAUCUCUACUGCUUUACUGUUUGGUGGUUCAGAGACAAGAAUCACCACAAACGGGAAGGUUCUACAAACCCAGAAUUUGUAAUUAUUGACACCACUGCUUAAUCCCAUGUGCGCACAUGUGCACAGAUAAACAUUGCUCCAGUGGACCUGUGCUGGCUCCAUUAAACACCACCGCAAAGCUCCUGAAGAAAGCAGAACAGCAACGAGCUUCAUAUUUUCAUAGGAUUAAAAGCCUACUGGAAGAAACAUCAAAUGUGCUUCUUGCGUUUUGAACAAGGAAUUCAAAUCUUUUUAUAUCUCCCACCUUGCAAGACUUUUAGACAAUGUUUUACACUCCUUUGUACACCCAGUUAAAGUUGUCUUUACACAAAAGGCCAGCUGCUCUAUUCCAGUAAUUUGAUCACCUGGAGCAGUGUGACCCCUUCUCCUCAGAACAGUGACCCCCUUUCCCUUCCUUCUUCAUUUUCUAUGUGUUGGUUGUUUUCAGAUUAUCUGAAUUAAGAUUAUGAAGUAGGACCCCAUUCAAUGGGAAAGAAAGACAGUCAUCACCUGAGUUGGAUAAAAACCAAUGCACUUCUUAUCUGUGUUUGUUCUUCUGAGACUGCGCAAGAGUAAAGUUUGCCUUGUCUGGGAAUGUUAGUCGGAACUGUGGUCUCUGUUUCUUAGAGACCACGAAAGAAAAGAGUUCUUAAGAGUAAGAAAACAGACUACGUCCGAGUUUUGCUUUUAACGUAGUUGAAAUUCAACUACUAAACGCUUUUGUAAGCCUGGAAUUUCUGGCUUACAAAAAGAAACCCCUUUUCUGGAAAAGCAGACCUCUCUUGAGAAGUGACCACCACCCAUAUCCCCCGUAGUACACACCAAACUGUUUCUUUCCUAAAGGCACAAGUUCUAAGUAGAAACCUGCAACCUUGGCAUCUGUAAAAUUUGCUUAGCUUCUGAGAAAAUAUCGUUGAAGCAGGACGGGUCACGUAAAGAACAGAGGACGACAAUACUGCCUACCCUAUGUACGCUACUGAAUGUUUCUGCUCUAGACUCUCAGGCAUUAGCAAGAAUCCUGGCUCUCUCUGAUCAGGAUUUGUUCUGGUGCUUGCUGGCCGACGUCCCUUGUUGUUCCAGGAGCACUGCCACAGCCCCAGCGCCCUAAGACAAUGAGUCCGGGAUGGAAAAGUGUUAAGAAUAAAAACCCGGACCAUGAAGCAUCUAGGGGGUCAAAGUAUCCCUUUGCUGUCCCAGACAUCAAACUAAGCAAGAAGCAAGAAACUUCCUGCUUCCGGGACUUGCGUCUUCACGCGCAGGCGCCUGCCCGCAGAGCUGUCCUGGCUUCCCUCAGGAAGGGUUCAAAGGUCGCACCGUUCUCUUCAGUCUCUCUGCGGGAGAGACCUGAGCUGUGGGUGCCUCCAGCCACGGGGUGUCGGCGGUGCGGCAGUCUCGACUCCGGGAGCUUGCCGAUGUCUCAGCAUGGUUGAGCUAGAACAGGCAGAGGCCCAGCUCUCUGAGUUAGACCUCCUGGCCAGUAUGUUCCCAGGUGAGAAUGAGCUCACAGUCAACGACCAGCUGGCGUUAGCAGAGCUGAAAGACUGUGUGGAGAAGAGGACCAUGGGGGACCGAUCGUCACAAGUAUACUUUACAAUCAAUAUGCACCUGGACUCCUCUGAGGAUGCAAGGGUGAUGUUUUCUCUGUCUUGCUUGCUUCCCUUUAAAUACCCUACAGUUUUGCCCGAAAUCACUGUCAGAUCGGUAUCAUUGAGUAGAUCCCAGCAGACUCAGCUGAACACAGACCUGAUGGCAUACCUGCAGAAAAACUGUCUCGGAGAGGUCUGUGUACUGAAUGCCACAGACUGGGUUAGAGAGCAUGCCUGUGACUAUGUCAGCAGAGAUGCCUCCCCCUCCCCUGCCAAGGAAAGCCCAGCCCAGCCCAUGGAUCUCACUCUCACGAGGCUCUGGAUCUACAGCCAUCACAUCUACAACAAAUGCAAAAGAAAAAACAUCCUGGAGUGGGCAAAGGAACUGGCCCUGUCUGGCUUCAGCAUGCCUGGGAAACCCGGUGUGGUGUGUGUAGAAGGCCCACAGAGUGCUUGCGAAGAAUUCUGGUCAAGACUCAGAAAACUGAACUGGAAGAGAAUUUUAAUCCGCCACCGAGAAGACAUGCCAUUGGAUGGUACGAAGGAUGGAACGGAAAAACAACGGAGAUUUUCCACUUUUGAGGAAAAGGCCUUCAGUGUCCACGGAGCCAGAGGAAACCACAUGGACUUUGGCCAGCUGUAUCAGUUCUUAAAUGCCAGGGGUUGUGGGGAUGUUUUCCAGAUGUUCUUUGGUGUGGAAGGACAGUGACUCAGUGGGUGGGGGGUGGGAGUCACUGUUCCUUCUUUGGUUGUUUCUUCCCAUUCUUUCUCGAAUUUUAAUGUUCCAUUCCACAAUGUUAUAGGCAUGGGAGCAUAAGACAAACUGUAAUAUAGUUGCAAUGCAUCAGUUAAAAUAUGCUGUGACUGAAAGAAGAACUGAGUUUCAAAUUAUAAAAUUUCCAUUUCUAACAGAGAAGGCUGGAGAAAUGGCCCAGAGGUUAAGAGCACAUACUGUUAUGGCUGAGAACCUAAGUUCAGUUCCCAGCACCCACGGCAGGCAGCUCAUAAUCACCUAUAACUCAUAAUGUCAGCUUGUCUGAUGGCCUCUGUCCUCCUCAAUGGUGCACGCAUAAACAUGCACAUAUACAUACACUCAGGGCAUCGGAUCCCCGGAGCUGGAGCUACAGGAGGUUGUGGAUUGCCCAUUGUGGGUACUGAGGACCAAACUUGGCUCCUCUACAAGAACAAUGCAUACUUUUAACCACUGAGCCAUCUAUCCAACCUGGUGGAAACCUUUUGACGUGAGCUGGACAUGAUGGCACGCGGUUGUAUUCCCAGCUCUUGGAAAAUAGAGGAAAGAGGAUCGGGAGUUCAAAGCCAGCUUGAGCUACUUAAGCUCUUUCUUAAAACAAAACAUAAAACAAAAACAAAGUUAUUCACAGGAACUUUUGCACAAUAAAUUAUCUGUGAAAGUAAUUUUGGUGGUUCAGCUUGUAUUUCCAGGACGCUUCUGCCUUUACUGAGGAACCUGAGAACGCUGUCUGCUCUCGGCCUCUGUUGCAGCUGUAUCUGGCUGUAGGUUAUAGUGGCAGGAUUCUGGGGAUGAAUUUGCAUCUCUUUCUGCCGUGAAGUGGUGGCAGGAGAAGGGAAGGAUGUCCGAGACAACUGCGGAAAUGCCUGUCAUUCUUGCCCUGUGCGGACCCAAUACUAGUCCUUGGUGAUUGCCAGACCUUUCAAAUAAAAUGAAGUUUUAAAGUCUCUGUGUUUGUUAUCAGUAGCCAAAAGUUAACCUGUCACUUUUUUGAAACACUAUGGCUUUGAAA